AUGGUAUUCGAAGAAUCGGCUGUCGAAGUACCUGAAGCAUUGGCAGUUUCAGUCGUCGAACUUGACCCUUUGUCUUUAACUGAAUCUACACAUUUCUACAAAUACUCUUUCGGCACCUGGAAAGCAAUUCGAAGUUCAAGGUUUUUGCACAGGACAACCCAAAAGUCAACCCCUGAAUCGGAAACGAUAAUAAAGGCUAGGCCCUUCAGUAGAUCAUUACCUCCGAUUGUACCAACAUUACCGAAGCUUUUUUCUGAGGAAACAAAAGAAGCUGUAAAUCGCCUAAGAGGGCAAUUGCGCUAUUAUGCAGUAAUAGAAAUAAGGUCGCAAAAAUUUUUGGUCACCAAAAAUGAUCUUGUGAUCGCCCAUCGGUUACGGGAUGUUAAUGUUGGGGAUGAAUUGAAAUUGAAUCGUGUGCUUGAAUUGGGAUCAAAGGACUAUACCGUCAAAGGACAGCCUCUAGUUUCCGAAUCAUUUUACAACAUUAAAGCCACGGUCAUAGAACAGCCAAAGG